UCAGCCUUGCAGUUCCUGCCUACAAUGGCUAGGGGUGGCGGUAGCCAUCAAAGCUUGUUAUGGUCUCUCAACCUUUGUCUAAAUCCCAUGAUAGGCAGAGAGAGGCACUAUGACUUCCUGAAUUCUCAGCACACGCUGCACUUCGACAGUGAGAAUGAUUGCAAGCAUUGAUUCAGAGUUGCCUCAUGGGUCUACAGCCACAUCUCCGUUUUCCACGACGCCCUCUGAAGCCGAUCCCUACCCGUACCAGGUAGGCUUCGGAAAUCGAUUUGCGACCGAAGCUGUACCAGCGACACUUCCUCAAGGUCGCAAUGUGCCUCAAAAGUGCAAGUACGAUCUUUUCUCGGAACAAUUGAAUGGCACGCCUUUUGUUUCGGCACGUGCUUCUCAGCUUCAUGCCUGGUUCUAUCGAAUACGACCAUCGGUUGCACAUCGGCCCGUGAGGAAGUCACAAUUAAACCAGAAUCUUGAAACCUCGUUCUCAAGUGCAAAUCCGAAUACCCAAUUCCUUCCUCAGGAUGAAUCUUGGGGCAAAUUUCUGAUGCCCGAUGAAUCUCAACGGGUAGAUUUUGUACAGGGGUUGAGAACCAUUGGUGGCCAUGGUGAUGCUAUGAACAAGGAUGGACUUGCCGUUCACAUAUACACUGCGAAUGCAUCCAUGAAGAAGGUCGCCUUUUGCAACAAUGACGGGGACUUCUUGAUCAUGCCUCAACAAGGGCGGCUCGAUAUGCAGACGGAGUUUGGCCAUAUGAUGAUACGCCCUGGAGAGCUGGCCGUCAUUCCCGCCGGCAUCAAGUUCAAGAUUAGCCUGCCAGAUGGACCAGCAAGAGGAUAUGUCCAAGAAGUCUUUGGGUCCCAUUAUGAGCUCCCAGAAUUAGGCCCAAUCGGCUCGAAUGGCAUGGCCAUGCCCCGAGACUUUGAACAUCCGAUGGCGAGUUUUGAUAUCGACCAAACCACAUGGACGGUCAUAUGCAAGCUUGCUGGCCAAUUGUUCGAGUACCAACAAGAUCACACCCCAUUUGACGUCGUCGCAUGGCAUGGAAACUAUGUCCCAUAUAAAUACGCUAUGGAGAAAUUCGUCAAUUGUGCAACAGUCGACAGAGAACAGAGCGAUCCAUCCAUAUACUGUGUUCUUUUGGCAAAGUCCAAUGUCACAGGCCGUACGCUCUCGGAGCUGCUCAUCUUCACACCAAAGUGGAGUGUAACGUCCAACACGUUCAGGCCGCCGUACUAUCACCGUAACGUGUGUACAGAGCUAAUGGGCAUGGUGUACGGGAUAUGGCAUGGCUCUGCAACUAAAUUGGAGCCAGGAGGACUUACGUAUGAGCCCAGCCUGAUGCCACAUGGAGAAUCGUACGAGCGGUGGAAGGAGGCCACAAAUGCAGAUCUUGCGCCCGAGCGCGUGAACAACGAUGCCAUGGCCUUCAUGCUCCACAUAUCCGGGCACAUCUCCUUGACGAGCUACGCCUUGACAGAGAGCGGUACCCUUCACGGAGUGCAAGCGAACUUUUGGGAUGGAUUUGACGGGGGCUUCAUAAAGCAUCUGGACCAGGUGAACAAAGAUCUGGUAGGCCUUGGAUUACCAGAUUUGAGCAGAGCGAGAACAAAGGUUGUACGGAAAACGCCUUGAGGCGAUAUAGUAGAAGUCAAAGAGGCAAUAAGACCCAACGAAGAAGGCAAUGCAAUGGGACUGUAAGGAACACCAUUAUAAAGGCAUCCCCCAGUAAUCGUGUAAGAAGAGAGAAGUGUCAGAAACCCUUACGUAGGCUAGUUUGGCGAAAUGGGAAAGACACGAGCAAACGCGAGGUUGGGGAAGGCUGCUC